AUGCCCCAAAUCAUGAAGGAUGCUGCUCACCCAUUGGGAGCAGAGGAGCCGAGCAUGGCGCGGGCUGUGGUCCGCAGUAUGGGGGGUUUUACCCUGGGCUUGUCCUUGGCCACGGCCUAUGGGCUCUUAGAGCUGCUGGUGGAAGGGCACAGCCCCUGGGGCUGCCUGGUGGGCACGCUCACUUUGGCUGCCUUCCUUGGUCUGGGCAUGGGAUUCUCCCGCCAGGUCCGAGUCACCGUCCUUCUGCUGCUGCCCCAGGCCUUCUCCAAGCAGGGCCGGACACUGCUUUUGGUGGCUGCCUUUGGGUUGGUGUUACAAGGGCCUUGUGCCAACACCCUGCGCAACUUCACCCGGGCCAGCGAGGCUGUGGCCUGUGGGGCAGAACUGGCUCUGAACCAGACCACUGAAAUUCUGGAGAGGGCCAAGCAGCCCCUCGUCAGUGCCCUGAACAAGAUCAAAGCCAUUGCCCAGAAGGCCAAGGAGGUGGCUGAUCGGAUUCGCAAAUUCUUUCGGUCAAUCAUGGAUGGUGUGAAGCAUAUAGCCAGGGCCCUGCGGAAUGUGUGGUAUUGGCUCCUGCACAUCGGGGACGUGUGCAACUCAGAGCUGGGCAAUCCUUACCUGAAGUGUGCUCGGGUCUUCGAUGAUGCCAAGGACAGCUGCAUGAAGGUCAUACCACAAGCCUACCACCUGUGUUAUGUUCUCAUGCCCUUCAAGCUGAUGCUCUGUGGUCUUGCCAGCGUGGCCCAGGUGUUCUGCAUCUUCCCCGGGUACAUCCAGACCUUCCUUCGAAAGACCAUCAGCACCCCCAUAAGGAAGCUGAUUAACCGGGUGCGUCAAGAGUUUGAGUUCAACGUGACAGCCACCCACCACUUCUCCGUGGAUCUCAAUGCCUCUCGGAGCCUGUCUCAGGUGGCUCUGGACCUCCACGAAGCUGUCAGCACGAAGCUCUACCGCAUCCAGGAGGCCUUGGCUCUGAUGGGCUACACCACGCCCCUGCUGUUCCUGCUUCUCUAUGUCCAAGCCCUGUUUUACCGGUACUGUUACCUGAACUGGGACGACUUCGACAACAUCUACAUCACCGGUCAAUUCCUGCGCAUGGAGGCCGUCCGCUCCACGGUGGGACUGCCCACGGUGCUGCCACUCAGUGCCCGCGAGGCCAGACUCUACAUCCAGCCAGGCUCCAUCUUCUUGUCCCGGUGGGAGAAGAUUUUUUACAUCCUGGCGAUUUUCCACCUUAUCCGGCACCUCCUUCUGGUGCUGCUCCUGGUCUUCCUGGACUAUGCCGUCUUCUGGGUGCUUGACCUGGCACGGUACCAGCUGCAGGGGGAGAUCGUGGCCCGCAGCCCCGUGGUAAUAUCCAUCACCGUGGAAGGCAAUGGCUCGACUGGGAAGAUUUACCGUGACCUGGUGUCAGCCUUCGAUGUCCUGCAGGAAGGCAACGUCACCAUCUUGUCCCGCCGCUGCCUCCUGCGUCCCUCGGAGCCUGACCCCACUAGUUACAUAGCCAUCGGCGUCAUGUAUGGUGUAUGCUUCUUCGUCACUUUAUUUGGCAACUAUGUCAGCAGGCUGCGGCGGGUCAUCUGUGCCUCCUACUACCCAUCCCGGGAGCAGGAGAGGAUCUCUUACCUCUACAACGUACUUCUGAGCCGCCGAACCAAGCUGUUGGGGGCCCUGCAUCGUUCAGUGAGGAGACGGGCUGCUGACCAGGGCCACAUGAGUGUCCUCCAGGUGCUGGCUAAGCGGUGCUCCUGCCUGGCUCCGUUUAUCAGCCACUUUAGGCAGCCCGAGACCUACUGCCUGGGCUGCGGGCAGCCCCCAGACGAGGGGGACGCAGAGAACUCAGUGUCCUGCAGCACCCCUGGCUGCCGAGGUGUCUUCUGUCUCACCUGCUUCCGCCUCCUGGACAACACCUGCUCCGUGUGCGCCUCUCCCCUCUCCUACCAGGGGGAACUGGACCUGGAGCUGGACUCCAGUGACGAGGAGGGCCCCCGCCUGUGGCUGGCUGCAGCUCGCAGAAAGGGUCCUGAGCAGGAGGGGUUGCUGCGGCAACAGCUCCAAGAAGUGCUGGGCAGGAGCCCCCUGUCAGAGUCCAGCUCCGAGUCCAGUGACCUGGAUGAGGAGAAAGGGCCUCUGAAGAGGAGGCACAGGUAGCAGCCCCCACCUGAGGCCCAGUCUGUCAGCAUUCCCAUGCCCCCUCCCUCCCACUGACCACCUCCCAGAUCCUCUACCCAGAAGCAGCCCCUCUUCCACUUCCAAGCCCCAGUCCCUGUCUCUCAGCUCCGUCUCCUCCUGGUCCCUCCCACCUCCGCCCCAAAUAAAGGAACCAAGGUUGGACACGAGUGUGAAUCUUAAAUUAUUAUUAUUUCUUCCUGUCGCUUACACCCGAGGUGGGGGGCAGGGCAAGGGGAAGGGAACAGGAGAGGGGGGACUGCCUCCCCCCCUAAGGCACUGAGUGGAGAAGCCGCAAGGGGGGAGGGGGGAGGCCACAUUGUCCUCACUCCCUGGGGCUAGGCCCCAGGUCUCCUCAGCCCCAGGCUCCCCCAUCACCUGAAAUGCUAAGAUGAGGCCCAGGGCAACCUGACCUCCCCCUACCCCAAUAUAUUACAUCAUCACUUUUUAAAUAGAUACAAGGACUGGUCCCGCUACCCCCUCCCUGCGACCCCCCCCAACUAAUGGGGGUGCCUGGGCAGCUGUGCAAAUGGGCAUGGGGGUGCAACGGGAGGGAGGGAGAGCACCGGGCCCCUGAACCUGCCCCUUUUAAGGAGGGGGAGGGGCCGCCAGGCCAGGGAGGGGAAAUAGUGCAAGGCAGAGCCCAGGCCGAACGGGGUCCAGCACCCAGCGAGGAAGAGGGGGGGACACCCCCACCCCCAGCAGAAUUGGGUAGUUAAAAAUCUGAAACUAGAUUUCAACAAGACCAACAGAAAAGGCUAUGUACAGAACGGGGGUGGAUUCAAUCCUAAGGGGGAUUAUUUUCCCCAACCCAACCGGAAGCCUGGCCGGCCAGGGUCUGGGGAAAGGAUCCCUUUCCCACAGGUCCGGAGCCCACUUUCCCUGCGGCCGAGCAAGAAGUUAUUUGCCCAUGGCCUUGGCAAGGGGGCGCCGCUCACCAGCUGGGGAUGGCGGAGGUGAGCGAAGACGGUUGGCUGGCAGUGGCCGCCGGGGGCGCUCGCCCGCGCCGGGCACGACCGCCAGAUGGCGCCGGCUCGCCCGUUCUCCGCAAGGCUCCCCCCAACCCCUCACCCGGUCCCACACCCUGCACCGCGCCAGCCCGGGGGCGGCGUGAGUCAGGGGCGGCAGCGGUGGUGGUGGCGCGGCGGCUCCGGCUUGCACCUGGGCGGGGAGGAGGUGGGGAGGAGGAGACGAGGGUAGGACACCGCCCGGCCCGCCCUGCCCUCUGGCCCCGGGGAGGGAGCGGCGGG